AUGACUGCAUCUACUUCUGAACCGUCUUCCUCAACGUCUUCUUCUCUUACCAAAAUUCCGUCUUCAAGCAAAUAUGACAUAAAGAACAAGCAGAAAAGAAAUGCGAGAGAACGAAAAAGAGUUGACAUGGUCAACCAAGGAUUCCAAGAUCUCCAGAAGAGAAUUCAAAAAUCUCCAGGAACAAAAGCAAAAAUGUCAAAAGUUGAAACAUUGAAAGAAGCCGCCCGUUACAUUCAACAACUCCAGGAGACACUUGGAAUGAUGCCGAUGGCUGUUGAUUUCCCAACUCCUGAGCAAUCUCCAAUUUAUCCACAACCAAUGAUGAUGGCACAUACACCAUCUCCAACUUACAUCUCUCCAUACUAUCCAGCACCUCAAAUGACUUCUCUCAAAUAUGAAAUAACUUCACAAUACUAUUCCAGUCAGGAGAGCUCUUCAUCUGCAUCUUCGACUGCUUCUAACUCUGGAGAUCAUAGCUCUUACUACUCUCAAGGAGAAAAUUUCUAA